CUCCGACAGGGGGCGGCAGAGCGGCCCUAGCGCUCCCGUUGCCACAGCGACGCCGCCGCCAUGGCCGCCCCUGGGCCGGCGCCGCUGCUGCCCGCCGAGGCCGAGGCGCUGGUGCAAGCGCUGCGGGGCACCGAGCUGCGGGACACCGGCGGGCAGGGAUGGCUUCGGCAGCACGAGUGCAUAGAGAAGCUCAACAUGCACGCCAUUCUGAGCGCUUCUGCGGGUCAGGAGCAGCUCCUCAUUGAGCUGCUGGUCAGCUAUGGCAAGAUUCCUGUUCUCAUUGGGGAACUGAUCUCCGUGGAGAUCUGGAAGCACAAGAUCUUUCCUGUGCUGUGCCGGCUGGAGGACUUCAAGCCAAGAAGUACCUUCCCCAUCUAUGUGGUGCUGCAUCAUGAAGCUUCCAUCAUUAACCUCUUGGAGACGGUGUUUUUUUACAAGGAAAUCUGCGAGUCAGCAGGGGACAGCAUUCUGGAUUUAAUUGAUUAUUGCCACCGAAAACUGACCCUGCUGGCAGCUCGGAGCGCCAAUGGACAGAUAGUGACCCUGGUGGAGCUUCAUCCUGAGGAUCUGCCCAACCCCUCGUCCAUGCAGGAGCUGCAGCAGCAGGCGGAGACGAUGGAGUUUGAGAUUUCCCUGAAAGCCCUGUCCGUGCUGCGGUUCAUCACCGAUCAGGUGGAGAGUCUGCCCCUGAGCGCGCUGACGCGGAUACUGAACACCCACAAUCUGCCCUGCCUCCUUGUCGAGCUGGUGGAACAUUGCCCCUGGAGCUGCCGCCAAGCAGGCAAAAUCAAGAAGUUUGAGAAUGGCACAUGGCACGUGGUACCCCCUGAAGACCAGGUGAAGAUGACCAAACUUGAUGGGCAGGUGUGGCUUGCUCUCCUCAACCUCCUGCUCAGCCCCGAAUGCCAGCGCAAGUACCACUUCAAUGGCUUCAACAAGAGCCAGCUCCUCAAGCUUCGUGCAUUCCUGACGGACAUCCUUAUUGACCAGCUGCCCAACCUUGUGGAGAUGCAGAGAUUUCUGAGCCACCUUGCAGUGACAGAGCCGGCUCCCCCUAAAAAGGAUCUCAUCCUGGAGCAGGUUCCUGUCAUCCGCGACCACAUCCUCAAGAACAACGCAGGGAAGUGGGAGGCCAUCGCCAAGCACCAGGUGAAGCACAUCUUCAGCCCCACCGAGGAGGAGCUGAAGCUCCAGGCACGCAGGUGGGCACAGACCUACAGCCUGGACAUGAUGGAGGCUCUCGCCCCUGACAAGCCCCGAUGCAGGGUGUGUGGUGUGGAGGCAGCCAAGCGGUGCUCUCGCUGCCGGAACGAGUGGUACUGCACGCGGGCGUGCCAGGUCCAGCACUGGCAGAAGCACAAGGCUGCUUGCAACCUGAUGGCCGGGACGCUGGGGAGAGUGGGCAGCCUGUAAGAGAAGCAGUGACUGGCAUCUGACCCACGGGUUGCCCAGGCAGAGGUUUCCCCUGUGUGCAGCCCAGUGAGGGCAGAGAAGCCAGCAAAGCCCCUUCUGCCUCCUCCCAGCCCUGGGCAGCACUGCCCAGACUCUGCCUCCCCUCUCCCACCUCCCCACCACACAGCCUUCUUCAAUAAACCUUUUCUGUAUUCCAA